AUGCUCCUGCCCAUCUUAGGCCGCGCGUUUUUCGCUCUGCAGCUCGACUGUGGAAACAUCAGCACGGUGUUGACCUCGACAAUCACCUCAGACCUCACCAUCACCACCAACCAGAUCAACCUGCUCGCCUGGGGCUUCGUGGCCACCUUCCAGGCGUUGGUGCCGAACUACGCCUCGUUCCUCGCCACGCGACUACUCCUUAGCCUGCUAGAGGGCGGAUACAUCCUCGGGGCUUUGUUCUACCUGUCGACCUGGUACAAGAAGAAAGAGCUGAGUUCCCGGGUCACCUUGUUUUUCUUUGGUCAGAAGUUGGUAGCAUCCCCUCCUCUAUCUCCUCUAUUCACCGCAUACUGGCCUCUUACAGUCGAAGGCCUCAUAACCAUCUUCAUCGGCAUCUUUUUCCUUCUCCUCCUACCCACAAGCACGACCGAUGCCCGUCCCCUCCUCACCCACCGCUCCUGCCGGAGCUACUUCACCCCGGACGAGCUAGAAGUCAUCCAACAGCGUAUGGUGCUGACUUUGGCAUUUGCGUAUUUGAGCGACCGUACCAACAAGCGCGGCCUCUUCGUCCACCUAGGCAGUACCUGGAACCUCAUCGGCUACAUCUGCCUCCGCGAGAUGCCCACCACCGCGAGCGGGCAACAUAAGGACGGGACCCUCGUCGCGGCGAGCGUGGGGUAUGCGGCCAUGCACAUCCUAAACGUCGCCCGGCUAGCAGUGAACUGCACCACGCCCCAGGAAAGAAGCGUGGCUCUUGCACUCGUCAUCAUGGCCGCCAAUCUAUCCGGGAUCAGCGGGGGCCAGAUCUUCCGGACGGGCGAUGCCCCGCUCUACCGGCAUGGACUGACGGCGUUGUCUACGCUGGCGGGCGCGGCGUGGGUGCAGGCGGUGGGUUGUUGGAUGUUUGGUGCUGGAUCGGGGUGA